AAUAUUUUUAACUGGCAACAAAUCCGAUCAUAGAAUCAGUUGUUUGUCGAUGGUCAAUGUUUGAGUGAUUUGUCGCAAUCGCAAAUGUCAUAGUAUUUUUUGAGCUCAAUAAUAUCAGGAUGGCAGAAAACAGAGAAGAAAUUCUAGCAAAUUUUCAGGGUAUAACAGCCAUAGAAGAUGUUGCUGAAGCUAUUUACCACCUAGAAGAAGCAAAUUGGGACUUGCUUGCAGCCAUAAACCGAGUGAUGCCACAGGACGGGAACAGCUCAGCCGCCAAUGACAAUGACACACACGAUGUUGAGAUGAUAGACGAUGAUAUAUCUGUGAUAACUCCAAAAACUCACCCACCAGACCGGGAAGACACAAAUCAAGCAUCCACGUCAAUGCAUGUAAAUUUUAAUGCCGCUCCCAAUCCCUUCGUAGAACUACAGGUUCAUUGUAAUAAUAAGAUACAUGAAGUCAAAAUGGCUGGGAGCGCUACUGUUGCUGACUUGAAGAAGGAAUUGGAGAAGAAAUGUGGCGUGCCAGUAUGUCGGCAACAGUUGUCGGGGCUGGGCGGGUCGCGCGCCACCAGUAACGCGACACUGGUCAGUCUCAACCUACCCCCUAAUGCAGUGCUGCGACUCAAGGCCGCUGAAACGCUUAUGGCUGAUGAUGAGGUGGCAGAAAGGUUAACCACAACAUACAUUUUGCACGUGAACGUGGAAGACAAGGAGUAUACGCUCAAGUACCCCGGCACGAAGACGGUGCAAGAAGUCAAGAACGACAUAUACUCGCUCACAGACAUACCUGUUAGGCAUCAGUCGUGGACAGGCUGGCCGGCGGUGCCGGGGCUGGACGAGACGGUGCUGGCCAUGGCGGGGCUCACGCUGCCGCAGCACGAGCUCAGCGUGCGCCGCGCGCCCAAGAAGGACUAUAAGAGGGUAAAUAUGAUAAUAGUAGAGAGUUCAGACAGUGAGAACAGUUCUGUGGAGGAGGUGGAGGACACGACGGAGGGCUACACCGGCGAGGACGACAUGUUCGUGGACCUCGUGCAGACUGAGCGGUUGCAGCCACUCAUGUCAGACAGUGUAGAAGACGAAGCGCUAGGCUGUAUCGAGUUCGCGCAGCGGUUCCGCGCUCGGUACGGGCCCAACACGCCGCAGUUCUUCGAGGGCACCUUGCAGGACGCCAUCAAGGAGUCCUGUCUCAAACCUGCCAAAGAGCGCAAACUCCUAGGCGUGUACUUACACCACGAGCAGUCCGUGCUGUCCAACGUGUUCUGCGCGCAGCUGCUGGGCUGCGAGGCCGUGCUGCAGACCCUCGCCGCCAACUUCAUCGUCUACGGCUGGGACCUCACGCACCCCGACAACAAUAACAUGCUCCUAUCGUCAGUAACGAACGCGCUGGGUCCGGUGGCGAGUAUGACGAUACGCAACCUGCCACUGGACCGCAUGCCCGCGCUGCUCAUCAUCAUGCGGGUCCGCUCCAACACCGAGAUAUACUCCGUCAUCAAUGGUAACGUGGGCGUGUCUGAGUUGCUGGGUGGCCUGGUAGAAGCGUUGGAGCGGUUCAGCUCGGCGCGGGAGGACGAGGCGCGCCUCGAGCGGGAGCGGGACGCCAGGCAGCGGGUCAAGCGGGAGCAGGACGAAGCUUACCAGCGGAGCUUAGAGGCAGACAGGGCUAAAGAAGAAGUAAAAAAGAAACAAGAAGAAGAAAGAAAUCAAGAGUUAGAACGUGCAGAAUCAGAAAGACAAAUGGAGGAAGCUAAAAAAGAGGCGGAGCGCGCGGAGGCGGCGAUGCGAGUGCCGGCGGAGCCGGCGGGCGCGGCGGGCGAGGUGGCGCGCAUCCGCGUCCGUCUGCCGCCGCCGCACGACUACUGUCUCGAGAGGCGCUUCCACGCACACGACACGCUCGAGGCGUUAUUAGACUUCCUCGCAUCUAAAGGUUAUCCACAACAAAGCUUUAAGGUCAUCUCCAGUUGGCCCAGGAGAGAUCUUACCCUGGAAUCUCCGACUAGCACACUGAAGGCUCUGAAGCUGUACCCGCAGGAGACAGUCAUGCUGGAGGAGCGGUGAAACUCGCCGGCGCGCUCCGUCACACGCAGCCAACACAACUACGAGACCCGAUAAACACAACUAUACACUCUACCUUCACACAUACAGAGACCAUUUUCCUGUGACAGUUAUAAUCAAAUGAGAAGUAAAAUCAGGUACAUAUACAAAUCUUCUCUAUUCAUUCAUAAUUAGAGCCCAUUUUUCAGUGACUGUAUGCCGCUAAAGUUCCUAUUACAAAAUCUCGAAUAUUAUCUCGUCUCGUGGUCUCUAUUAUACAACCGCAUUCCUACAAAACAAUAACCUUUGUAAGUUGUAAAAUAUGUAACUUCUGUCUUUGGAAUAAAGUCUAAUUUAGCGUGGCUUUUAAAGUUUUGUGAAACUAUUAAAUAUUUUAAGUAAUAGACAGGAUAUGUUUAAUCAAUGAUCUGAGGGUCGGCGCUAGCAUGUUCGAUAUUAAACUGCCAAAAGAAUAUGAACUUUAUGGCAGUAGCCAUAGAAUUUAUAAUAUAUGUGCCGACCCUUUAAUUCGUCAUCAACAGUUGAUUAAUUCUUAUAUGAAUAUAUACAGUAUAUAUUUAUUAUAACCAGUUAAUCUUAAUUUGAAAUCAUAAUUUUAGUAUUACUAUCGUUUAUCUAUAAACUAUUACUAACUGAGGGGCUGUUAUGAAACCUACAGGCGAUAGACCUCCAUUAUUUUUAAAUUAAUUUUAAUAUAUGGUAACAUUGUUCUAUAAAUACUUGUUAUUGUGUGUCAAAAAAACGUAAAUGUCUACCUUAUGUUCAGGAAUUAAGGUUUAAUUUUAAUUCGCAGAUUAUUCAGAUGUUGUUGACUCCUACGACAAAGGCAGCUUGUAUACCAUAAUAAUUACAUUUUAACUUUUUUACAUUAAUCUAUAGUAUUGCAUUUUUUCUAUAUCUUAUAACUAUAAUAAUACGAGUAUGUAGUUUGAUAUGAAGCAAGAAUAUAACAGAAUAAUUAAUAUAUUAUGCAACUCUGUUUUAAACUACUGGGCCCCUCGUCAAAAGUAUUUUAAAACAAAUUACCUGCAUUAUGUAUGUAGCUUUAUACAGCAUUUAGUGAUGAGUAGUCAACCGCUGAGGUAGUCGCUCUUCACGCCUAUAUAGUUAACUAAACAUGACAUAAUCUAAUAGCAGACUAAGAUAUAAACAAUCAAUAUAAUGCGCGUUGUAACUUGAAAUUAAUGAGACUUGGAUAUUGAGUCUUAUUCAUAUACCAAUAGUGUUUGUAUUGCGUUGUGCACCCGCCGCGGACGGAGCUCCUUGCUGCAUCAGCUUUAUAGCGAACAACAGACGUAUGGACGAACAUUUAUAUUCAGUGCAACGUUAAAAAUCCUCAUUUAUAUCUCAUAUAAAUGAUUAGCUUAAUAUUGUACAUGCGUUGUACAACAGCGACAGAGACCCGGUUCCAAAUACAGUAUCGUGACGUCAUAUAUUUGUAAACAUGCAUCACAAUACUUUAAAAGCCAAAGAGCUGCGUUUAAUGUUUUUUUAUGUUGCGACGUUACAGUACUGUGUUUGGAACCCGGUCUUUUGGUUCUAUGUACUGAUUUUUAUGUAAACUUCGUUCGUGCACUGUGGCUGACUGACUACCCCCGGUCGGUCGCAGUGCAGUGUAUUAUAUACUUACAUACAUACAUGAUAUGAUAAUAGUAUAAAUUAUUAUGCAAGUGGAUAUCCGUACAGAUUUUGGAUGAUUGUAAUUUUUUUCACGAAUCCACUCCGGAGUGUAAUUGUAUUGCGAGGAAGUUAUGUACCCAAAUAAUAAACAGAUGGAAGAUA